UGCUGCGGGGCCGGGCCGUGCAUGGCGGAGGGCGCGGCGCUGCGGGCUGUGAGGGGCUAUCUGGCCGCCUUCCCGCGGGAGGCCCGCGAGCUGGGCUGGCCGGAGUCCGUGCCCUAUCUUGAUAGGCCUCCGUCCCCGCUGGAGUUCUAUCGAGAGUGGGUGAGUCCGAAUAAACCCUGCAUAAUCCGCAACGCCAUCAGCCACUGGCCGGCUCUGAAGAAAUGGACCUCAGCGUACCUCAGGGAGGUGGUAGGUCCCAAGGUGGUGAGCGUGGCAGUGACACCAAAUGGUUAUGCAGAUGCAGUGUUUCAGGACCGUUUUGUUAUGCCAGAGGAGCGCCAAAUGCCUUUCAUGGACUUUUUGGACAUUGUGGAGAAGAAAGUGACCUCUCCCAAUGUAUUCUAUGUGCAGAAGCAGUGUUCAAACCUCACUGAGGAGUUCCCUGAACUUGUCUGUGAUGUGCAGCCUGACAUACCAUGGAUGAGCGAGGCACUGGGGAAGAAGCCUGAUGCUGUGAAUUUCUGGCUUGGGGAGUCAGCUGCUGUGACGUCUUUACAUAAAGAUCAUUAUGAGAACUUGUACUGUGUAGUAUCUGGAGAGAAAUAUUUUCUGCUGCAUCCACCAAGUGACCGUCCCUUCAUCCCAUAUGAGCUCUAUCAGCCAGCAACCUACCACCUAUCAGAAGAUGGUUCAUUUGAAAUUGUGGAUGAGACUACUGCAGAGAAGGUGCCCUGGAUCCCUCUGGACCCCUUGAACCCUGAUCUGGAACUGUAUCCAGAGUAUGCUCAGGCAAAGCCUUUGAAGUGUACAGUGAAAGCUGGUGAGAUGUUAUAUCUACCUUCUCUCUGGUUCCAUCAUGUUCAGCAAUCACAUGGCUGUAUUGCAGUGAAUUAUUGGUAUGACAUGGAAUAUGACAUUAAGUACAGCUAUUAUCAACUACUAGAUUGUCUCACAAAAGCUGUGAAAAUGCUAUAGCAAAGGUGGGAGACUCGAGCCUGUGAUGUCUGUUUCUGAUGUGAUGCGAUCAUCAGCAUCUGUGACUGGAAUACAAACGUGAUUCUCCCCAAAAGAACUGAACAUUAAAUUAUGGUCAACAACGCAUGCUGAACACAUCACGGCUAUUUUUCUUGAUUUCAGAGUCCAGACCAAUUGGCCAGAUAUUUUGGCUUGUAAGUAGAACUUUGAUAAUAGGAUUUUUAGGCCUUUGCAUGUUGCCUUGGUGAUGGUGAACAAAAUAAAAUGUGAAGGGAGAUAAUCCAGGUUUUGAAAAUCCCAAAAUGGAAGCCCUGACUGUUUGUUUAGAUCUACAGAUUGUUUUCAUUACAACCCAAGUGGACAAGGAAGGAUCUGCUCUAUGCAUCAGGCUUCAACAGUCCAGUGUAUGCAUUCUGCUUAAGGCAAAAGUCUGUCCUGUUGUAAUUCUUUAAGUUCAGUGGCUGUGGUGUCUUGAUGGUGAGAAACUACAAUUUCUGCAAUAAAUAGGUCAGUUUAAACCUUAUUUCUGUAAUUAUUUACUUUUUUUUUCCAAACUAAACAAUGGCUGAAGGACGUCUGGGAGGACAUGCAAAAGUCAGUGUUGGCUAUUUUCCAAUAAAAAGCUACAUGUUUUUAGUGCUGUUUUUUUUUCUUUUCACUGAUGUAUUUAAACAUAACUGCAUUCUCUUGCAUCCUGAGGGAUGAUUUUAGAGUUGCUCUGCCAUAUCUGCAGUCAAUCUGCGUAUCAUCUGUGGUCUCAUGGCAUGAGGUGUGAUUCUGCAGCUUGUAAGCUGCAGAUUGUUUCAUUCCAUUGCCAUUAAUUGCUGCUUAGAGCAUGGUCAGGCAAGUUGUUUGAACCAGGAGCCUGGUUCAAACAGCCAUAAUUCCCAUUUUUAUUUCCACAGAAUGGGAUGGGACUACUCAUGUGUCUGAGACCCCCAGGGUAGGACAAGAAGUCUCUUAAAUACACAGACAUUGCAAAAAUGUAGUAUUGUUGUUUAUGAAAACCAAAAGCUGGUGUUUAUUGUCAAAUCUUCAAACAGAUCCUUAGAAACAUUUUUAAUAUGGGGGAAAUUACUUAUU